UGCGCUCACGGGAAUUGACAUAUUCACUUCCGGUGAGGAAUAGCUGGAAAACAGCAGUCGGCGAUACAUAGCUGGAGUAGGAGGAGGCCUGGAGCAAAGCGAGCCACUGUCGGGGGAAUGGGUGACAUUUGAUCGGGGAAAAGGCUGUCAGCGAAAAGGAGCGACGCACUGGAGACAUGGAUGACAGCAGCUACAUCGAGUUCGACGUGCCCGAGUUCAGCAGCGGCGUGCUGAGCCAGCUGAACGAGCUGCGGCUCCAGGGCAAGCUGUGCGACAUCGUGGUGCACAUCCAGGGCCGGCCCUUCCGCGCCCACAAGGCCGUGCUGGCCGCCAGCUCGCCCUACUUCCGCGACCACUCUGCGCUCAGCACCAUGAGCGGCCUCUCCAUCUCCGUCAUCAAGAGCCCCGAGGUGUUCGAGCAGCUGCUGGCCUUCUGCUACACGGGCCGCAUGUCCCUGCAGCUCAGGGACGUCAUCGGCUUCCUCACGGCCGCCAGCUUCCUGCAGAUGCAGGCCGUCAUCGACAAGUGCACCCAGAUCCUGGAGGGCAUCCACUCCAAGAUCAGCCUGCCCCCCGGAGGCAGCCCGGGGAAGGACGGCGCCCAGGCCAGCCGCAACGGCGUGAAGGACGGCAGCCUCUUCGUCAACCCCACGCAGAUCUCGCCGCCGUACUUCUCCCGGCAGGCGGUGCUGACCGCGACGGGGGGAGGGGGCGGGGGCGGGGGCGGGGCGGAGGCGGGGAAGGGCCUCCGCGUGGCGGGCUCGCGCGCGGCCGAGGAGGGCCAGUCGGACCGCGGGAGCAGCGACGGCGUCUCGGAGCAGGAGGCGGCGGCCGAGGGCGAGCAGGAGCAGGUGGAGCUGAUCGGGCAGGACGGGCAGGUGACGGACGUGCGGGUGAAGCUGGAGAAGGCCGAGCGGCCCAGCUGCUCGGACAGCUCGUCGGCGGGCGACGACGGCUACCACACGGAGCUGGUGGACGGCGAGCAGGUGCUGGCCGUGAGCGUGGGCUCCUACGGGCCCGUCAUCCAGCCGGCCGGCUACGCCUACCCGGGCCUGGCCUCGCCCUGCUUCGUCAGCCUCAGCAGCUCCAGCCCCUCCCGCUCCAUGCUCAGCGGCUACCGCGGCGGGCGGGGCCGCCUCAAGCGCCCCACGGCCGUCACGCCCGACGCCCUGAGCCACGGCGCCAAGGCCAGCAAGGAGGACGGGGAGCCGGCGCCGGGCGGCGGCGGCGGGGGAGUGGGCGGCCCCGGGUUCGAGAACGACGUGCGGGAGCGCAACCUGCGCGGGCAGUGGUACCCCUACAACGAGCGCCUCAUCUGCAUCUACUGCGGCAAGUCCUUCAACCAGAAGGGCAGCCUGGACCGCCACAUGCGCCUGCACAUGGGCAUCACGCCCUUCGUCUGCAAGUUCUGCGGCAAGAAGUACACGCGCAAGGACCAGCUGGAGUACCACAUCCGCGGCCACACGGACAACAAGCCCUUCCACUGCCAGAUCUGCGGCAAGUGCUUCCCCUUCCAGGGCACGCUCAACCAGCACCUGCGCAAGAAGCACAUGGGCUCGGCCGACGGCAGCGGCGCCGGCCACGCCGACUCGCCGGAGCGGGCCGAGGGGCCCGGGGGCCCGCGGGAGCCCGAGGACGGCGCCGCCGCCUCGGAGGGCGGGCCGGCCUUCGGGGCCCCCUACGCGGAGGAGGCCCCCGGCCAGGACAACGGCGAGGAGGGCGCCCGGUGCAGUCCGGAGGAGGCGCACGCGUCCCGGUGCGAUUUUUAGGGCCCCGCCCACGACCCCUCCUCCUCCUCCUCCUCCUCCUCCCUCACUUUCCCGUUUUUUUGUCCAUCGAUUGAAAAAGCUUUAAGAUGCGUCCUCCUUUUUUUUUUUUUUUUUUUUUUUUGUUUAAAUGGUUUCUUUCGGAAGAACGGCAUUUCGCUGUCGUCCGGAUCGGGUCACGUCGUCACCCUCAGUGUAACGUUGGGGGUUUUCUGCCCCCCCCCCCUUCGUUCUC